AUGGCAGUCGGAUCAAUGAAAUCUUUUAAACAGCUUAACUUGACCUUUCCUAUAGUAAGCGCUACAACCGCAGAUAUCAGUUUAAGCUCUACAGCCAAUUUUCCAAAUUUCAUGAGAGUUCAGCUUUCGAAUUCUUAUGGAUAUUCCUUAAUCCCAAUUUUUAUUCGAGCUUUGGGAUGGGAAAAAUGUGCUAUUCUUUAUCAAAACGAUACUUGAGGGGCAUCUGGGUAUUAUUAUUUCAAUCAGAGCAUCCAAAACCACGAUAUCUCAUUAAUCAACUCUGAAAGCAGCAGAGCUAUUCCUUCAAAUCUUGAUAGAGUAGGAGUCAAAGAAAAUUCAAAAAUACUUCAAGAUAUUAUAGAUUGCGAAGCAAGAUUUUUGGUUCUAAUUUUACAGUAUCCAGCAGCUUAUUAUGUAUUUGAAGAAUUUUAUGAUUUGGGACUGAGAAAAGGAGAUAUGGUAAUCCUAACCUCAAUUAGUGAUUUAAUUUCUUUUUCAGCAUAUGAUGGUGCAUAUAAGUACAAACUAUACGAAAUUGCUAUUCCUGUCAUAACUUUGUAUGGACAAAGCUGAGUAGGGAAAUUAGGAGAGAAGGCUUUAUCACAGAUUUCGAAUGCUUAUGGCAACCAGAAGAACGCUUAUAGCUGUUUUUACUUCGAUUCAGUCUUUUUGAUUGCUUAUGCUCUGGAUUAUAUGAUUAACAGAGGGCUUGAUUAUACUGAUUCCGAUAAGCUGAAUAACAUUAUGAGAAAUCAGCAAUUUUAUAGCUGCACUGGAGAAGUUAUUAUUGAAAAAGGGUCAAAUGAUAGAAUUAUGCAAGCCCUGGAAAUAGCUUAA